AUGGAUUUCAUUAUAUCUUUCUUGACCGAUCCUGAAGAUCCUGAUGGAAUUAAGCAAUGGUUGUUAACGAUGUAUCCUGGUUCGAAGAUCAUCAAAGUAACAUUCACCUUGCUCUGUGGAGAGGAAUCAUACAAAUCAUUCACAAUCGAUGUUGCAUCAGAGG